GGAUAAAAUUUACCAUAAUUUUUAUCUUCAUCUUUAUUUUUAUACUUUAAUAUGUUGUGUGCCUUUAGCAGUCUUAUUCCUGAAGAUGAGAAUUAGGAUUCUUCUGAACUGAUAACUGGCUGUUGGACUGAGUUAUUAUUAUUAUUAUUUUUUAAGUAACCUAUGAAUAAUUUUUUUUAAUUUUGGUAUCAUUAAUGUACCAAUUACAUGAGCAACAUUAUGGUUACUAGACUCCCCCCAUUAUCAAGUCCCCACCACAUACCCCAUUACAGUCACUGUCCAUCACUGUAGUAAGAUGCUGUAGAAUCACUACUUGUCCUCUCUGUGUUAUACUGCCUUCCUCGUGUCCCCCCCCACCUACAUUAUAACUGAGUCAUUUGUAUGUAGGAACUAAGUUUUGUAUGUGACUAUCUAAUCUGGUUUCCCACAGUACAGUGGAAAGAGUUGGGUCAUCAAGCCUUACCUCCAGGCCUCAUGGUAGUAGAAGAAAUUGUUUCUUCUGAUGAUGAAAAAAUGCUUUUGGAAAGCAUUAACUGGUCAGAAGAUACAGACUAUCAAAAUGUUCAAAAGUCCUUAAAACACAGAAGAGUAAAGCACUUUGGUUAUGAAUUCCACUAUGAGAACAACAAUGUAGAUAAAGAUAAGCCAUUACCUGGGGGUCUUCCUGACGUUUGGGGUAGCAUUUUGGAAAAGUGGUUGAAUGAAGGUUUCAUUAAACAUAAACCUGAUCAGUUGACCAUCAACCAGUAUGAGCCUGGGCAUAGAAUUCCUGCUCACAUUGACACACAUUCUGCUUUUGAGGAUGAAAUCAUUUCUCUCAGUCUGGGGUCAGAGGUGUUUUAUCAUCUGUCAUCACAGAAAGGAAAGAAUACUAGUAUCUGCUGGAGUCCUGAUGGGCAGACCAUUGCUGUAGGCAACAAGGAUGAUGUGGUGACCUUUACUGAUGCCAAGACACACUGCUCCAAAGCAGAGGAGCAAUUCAAGUUUGAGGUCAAUGGAAUCUCCUGGAACAAUGACAAUAACAUGUUCUUCCUGACAAAUGGCAAUGGUUGUAUCAGUAUCCUCAGGUGA